AUGUCUGCCACCUCUACACCAUCUAAAAGCUCCUUGACCGCGCUCAAGGUGGCCGAUUUGAAGGCCCUUUGUGCCAAAGCUAGCCUACCCAUAUCUGGAACAAAGGCUGACUUGAUCACUCGUCUUCUAUCGACCACUGUGAACUCUGCAUCGCCAGAUACCAACACAUCACUCCCCGCUCAAGUCCCUCCCUCCACCACCGUGUCUUUAUCAGCCUCAGGGGGUGCUUCUGCCGCCAAACCUGCCGCUUCGGUCGUACCCGCCAAUGCUUCACAGAUAUCCGAUCCCUCAGUGGUCAAACAGCUUCAAACUCCAACUACGACCUCUGACGCGACACCCAACGGCAAGACCGAUGAGAGCCACCAGUCAGCAGUCGAGGCCGAGAUCGCGAAGCGUGCUCAACGUGCCCAACGCUUCGGUCUUGCCGCAUCCGACGAUAAAGCUGGAUCAGAGGAGCUCAAAAAACUAGAAAGAGCCAAGAAAUUUGGGUGCGAACCUACUGCAGUCAAGAUCGAAGCACUAGAUCGGGCCUUAGGUGAACGCGGUGAUCGAUCGAAGCGAUCCAAUGGGCCUAACGCUACACCCGCAAAAACUACUGAGCUUACUCCAACCGAUUUAGAAUGGGAAGAACGGAAAAGGAAGCGAGCUGAAAAGUUUGGAAUCACUGUAGAAAGCUCAGUAGAAACCAAAAAGGCAAAGGCUUAA